UCAUUAAAGUUAGCUAAGUCCAAAAGGGAGAGACCGAUGACCAAUAAAAACAAAUAAAGAAAAAGUGAACAAAGAAGAAAAUGGCUGCCUUUGGGUACGAUUGCAUGACCCAAAACCGAAAGUUGAGAGAACAAAGUCAGGAAUUUGAUGUAGGCCCAGGAUCAGACAUGUAAAGCAAGCACAAGAAAGAAAGAAAAAGUUGGAAGAAGUGGGAAAAAGAAGAGAGUUUGAUCAUCUGUUUGUUUUGGAGGGAAGGAAGAAGGUUAUAUAUCUGUUCUUUCAUCUUUUUGUUUUGUACUGUUUGGAAGGCAAGAAAGUGUGGGAAACUAAGAUGCUGCUGUACAUCAAGAGAGAUGUCCUUGAAGAUGUGGCGAUAAUUGGAGGAUUGGUUGGGGUGCAAUUUGUGUAUGCAGGGAACUCACUUUUACUUGCUUAUCUUAUGUCCCUUGGCCUCAGCCCUUUCACCAUUAUUAUUUUCUUCACCCUUUCCACCUUCAUUAUUCUCACUCCUUUUGCUGUUUAUUUUGAAAGGAGCAAAUGGCCCAAACAAUUGACCUUGAAGUUUAUAACCCAGCUGGUUUUGAUCUCCUUCGGAGGAGUUACUCUGUUCCAAUGCCUAUUCCUCAAGGGGAUUAAUCUAACUUCACCAGCAAUGGCAACAGCCAUGCCAAACCUUGCUCCAGGCCUUAUCUUCAUAAUUGCUUGGACUUGCAGGUUAGAAAAAGUUGCUCUAAGUUGCCUAUACAGUAAAGUAAAGAUUGUAGGCACAUUGAUGUGUGUGGUAGGUGCCCUUACAAUGAGCUUAAUGCAGAGCGCUGUCUCAUCAAAAGAUGCAAGGAUUAUAGCUCCUCCGACUGACGAUGUCGUUUUCGACAAAAAUAAAAUCAUCGGUUGCAUGUACCUCAUGGCAGCGGUAUUGGUUCUAUCCAGCAACGUAGUCUUGCAGGCGACAACUUUGGGUGACUUUCCUGCUCCGAUGUCUUUGUGUGCCAUAACAUCAUUAAUUGGAGUGAUUAUAACUGCAAUGGUGCAGUUGGUCGGAGAUCAUCAAUUAAAAUGGGGUUGGCCCCUUGUUAGCGUAAAGGAUCUAAUCGCCUUUUCUCUACUGGGAGGUACUGUGGGCGGAGCAUGUGUAAGCUUCAACGGAUGGGCAAUGAGGAAGAGGGGACCGGUUCUUGUCUCAAUGUUCAGCCCCAUUGGAACAGUCAUCUCAGUCAUUCUCUCUUUUGUUACAUUAGGGGAGACAAUUUCAUUAGGAAGCCUUGCUGGAAUGUUCCUCAUGUUCACCGGUCUCUACUUCGUCUUGUGGGCUAAAGGAAAAGAAGUUUUCUCGGAUGGGAAUGGCUUGGAAAGUGAGUUCGAUCCAGAGAAGCCUCUAUUAAGUUAACAUGCUAUCCACUUAGUUCGCACACUGAUCGUUACCAGGCCUAUGCUAGAAAGUAAAUUUGUUUCAGUUAGGCCAAUUCAUCAAAGAUUUAACAAAAAUGAAAAAUCCGGGGAAAACUUUUUAAUUUCGGAAGUUUAAUGUGUGCACAAGUUCCACAUAAACAUGAUUGACGCAGACCAGUAUAUCUGGUAUGAAUGCCAUAUGAAGUGUGAUUGGAGCUUUCAAUGCUAAGAAUGUAAAUAUUCCUAUAUUUCAACUGUUUUUGCAGAAGCUUGAUAUACCAGCAGCCUGUACAGUUUUCUGACUCUAUGUAAAGGUGAUAGAGGUAGCUUGGGAAGAGUUGGACAAAUGUUAUUAGUUUUUCGGAAAUUUCUUCAACAAAAGAAUAUUAUCUCUGAUUAUCUCAAUCAGAUUAGAUUGUGUAGAGGGUAGCAGCAGGCCAUGAGGCCUAGACAAGUGGAAACAACUUGAGCAUUCUACUAGGAUAAAUUUACACAAAUUGUCAUCAUUUCAAGAGGAAGAGAUAAUUAGUUUGGGAGCAAAAAAAUGAGUCCAAAGAUGGUCUGACUGCUGCAAGUCCACCGGGAUUUAGGCCUAUUGGUCAUUCUAGAUUCAGAGUAUCUGUAUAAAGCACUAAUGAUUUUGUUCAAAGACGCCUUCUGUUUUUUUCCCCCGCUUUUGUGGAUGAUGCCCUUUCCUACGACCAAUAAAGAAACAUCCUGGACUGGACACAUUUCCACGUUUAU